AUGGCUGCCAGUUUACCCACCAAAGACAGUGCCUGUGAUACUAUAGCUCUAGGGUGCUGUGGCUGACGCUGGCUCAGCAGUAGACGUAAUUCGUCGCCCUCAAGCCAACACCAGUAGGCGUAAACAAGGUUUUCCGUGCUGCAAGGAGAUGGGCUUUGUAGUUCAGGAAGGAGAUGAGAUUACAGAAAUUUCACACGGAUGGCGACGGUUGGUGCGGAAAAGGAAGAGUGGGGCAAGUAUUGGGAGAAUUGAUCAUUAUUAUUUAAGCCCAGAUAACAAGAAAUUCAAAACAAAGAAAGCCUCAUUGGCCUACGCCGAAAAAAAGGCGAUGGCUAUCAACAAGAAUGAGAUACAUUUUGGAAAAUUAUGUAAAAUAGAAAACUCAUCAGAGGAUAAAGACAACAAGAGUCAAAGAACACAGCCAUCAAGGAAUAAAGAUAACAAACUACAAAAAAGCACAAGGCCUACAAAAGAUAAGGACAGCAAGGUUAUCAUUAAAAAAUCCCCCAAAAAGAAACAAAUUAAAAGAAAACGACUUAAUUAAAAAAAUAAUUUUUUUUCUAUACUCCUGUAUCUUGAUAAAUUUGUAAUACUUAACCUUGAGUGUUUAUAGCAGGUAACACUGCCAACCACAGGGAGACAGACAUGCUCAAGAAGUAAUGGGAUUACUGUAUAUCAUCAGUACAACUUGUGCCAGUAGGAUCAGACCCCUUGUCCCUGGACCAACAGUGCCAAGAGCUUUCUCAGGAAGUUGGUUUCCAUUAUAAUAUAUACAACUAGAGAUCCAACGACUCAUCCUCCUGUCUCAGCACCUCGAGUGUUGCAGUCCAGAAGGAGAAUCCCUACUGCAUUCUUGGUUCCUGUUCUGAAUUUAUUAUAACCCUUUUUUAUUUUAAACCAAAUUCAUUAAUGUAUAUCAAAAUAAUUAAAUAAAAUGUGAUUUUAGAAAA